AUCAUCAUCAUCAUUUGCGAGAGAGAAGGCAUGACGACGCAGAAACAGAGCUGGGAGGCGCAACAAUCGCAGAUGCAGCAGAGAGUGAAGAAAGCGAUUGGGAGUCCGGCGAGGGAGGAUCAAGAGGAGGAGCUUUCGCGAUCGGCGUUGGCUCUGUUCCGCGCAAAGGAAGAGGAGAUCGAGAGGAAGAAGAUGGAGAUGAGGGAGAAGGUGGAGAAUCGGCUUGGACGAGCAGAAGAAGCGACGAAGCGAUUGGCGGAGAUCCGCGAAGAACUGGAAGGAAUGACGGAUCCGAUGAGGAAGGAAGUUUCGUUGAUCCGGAAGAAGAUUGAUUUGGUGAACAAAGAGUUGAAGCCAUUGGGAAUCACCUGCCAAAAGAAGGAGAGAGAAUACAAGGAAGUACUAGAGCUAUUGAACGAGAAGAACAAGGAGAAAUCUCAAUUGGUAGCCAAACUAAUGGAGUUGGUGAAUGAGAGCGAAAAAUUGAGGAUGAAGAAGCUUGAGGAGCUGAGCAACAACAUUGACAUCCUUCAUUAAGAAAAGAAUAAGUUCCUAACCCUAAAUAACCCUCCUCAUUAUAUUUUCUUUCUUUUUUUUUUAAAUCUUUGGCGGGGAAAUGACGUUUGCUUGUGUUGUUAAUAAGUUUCACGACCACGGUUACGGUUGCCAGUGUGGUCCAUGUUUGACAAUGAUUUUCUCUUUUAACGUACGUUGCAAUUUCAAAUCUUUACUA